GCCGAAAGAAAAGAAAAAGAAAAAAGGCGAAGGUAAAACGCGACCGGAUGGUGAGCCAACAAUCACGAUCGAGGAUUCAUCAGUGUUUUAGGAGGUCAAUGUCGCUCGACGGCCGCCGCCGACUUGGAUCUUCUUAAACAUGCAGACCGCAUACGAAACCCGGUGUAUAUAAUCCAAGCUGGUCGACUUCGGAAAUCAGUCGACCCGACAACUCAACCGUGUAACUUAUCGGUACAACAAUGAAGGGAUUCAUCGCUUUCGCUCUCUUGGUCGCUGCGGUCGCCGCAGAGCCACCAAGAUACCGCCCCCAAAGACAAUUCUUCUUCGCUAGACAACAGGAGGAGCCCACCACCACGGUUUCCAACGCCCCCUACGCGCCUUCCGGAUGGAGACCGAGUGGACCGGCUUUCAAUCUACCUCAGAGGCAAUACGGCGCAUCUAACGCCCCUCAGCAACAGUACGGCGCACCUAACGCCCCUCAGCAACAAUAUGGCGCACCUAACGCUCCUCAGCAACAGUACGGCGCACCUAACGCCCCUCAGCAACAGUACGGCGCACCUAACGCUCCUCAGCAACAGUACGGCGCACCUAACGCUCCUCAGCAACAGUAUGGCGCACCUAACGCUCCUCAGCAACAAUAUGGCGCACCAGCGGUUCCUCAGGAGCAGUAUGGGCCGCCGCAGGAAGCUACCACUACCGAGGCGCCUAACAGCACGGAGGCGGAGGAUGCUACCACUGUCGCAAGUGUCGAGUCUGAGUCCGAACCCGUCAACUCGGUGAACGAGCUCGAGGACGAGGAGGUGGACGAGCAACAGCCCCAACAAUCGGGCGAAUAUUACUUGGCGCUGCCGGACGGCCGUCUGCAGCGCGUCCGCUACGUGAGCCGUCAGAACGUCGAGGCGAUGAAGUACUUCGCCAAGAUCCGGGCCGAGAACGUGGAACCGCUCCGCGGCCCGAUCUACGCCUACGCGCCCCUCCAAAAACUGCAAAUAUUCCCGGCCGGCCUCCAACUGGCCGUGAGCCCCGUAGCGCCCCAAUCGAAACCGCAAAAACUCGAGAUCGAGCCCGUCGCCGCCCAGGUCCAGUACCAGUACGACAAUCCGUCCGCGGUGCUCCCGUUGUCCGGUUACCAGGCGGCCGCAGGUGAAUCCAGAUAUUUGCUCACGUUGCAGUAGGAAUGAAAAGGGAAUUAUUCAUUAUAUAUCCGUACGUGUAUCUUGACGAGGAUCAACGAAAGCUUCUUGAUCUUAAAUUAAGACGAGGAUUGAUUGUGAGUGUAGAUAGGAAGAGAUGAAUUGUAUCUUAAGUAAUAAUAAAGAUUAAUUGUAAUCAGUU